CAGUCAGCCGGUGGCUCCUCGUGUCUCCAUCGAGGAGCGAGAAUUCUCUCCGACCUACUUCCUCCUCCGUUCGCCUUCGCCUUCGCCUUCGCCUUUUUCCGUCGUUCGACGGAACCCAUACGCUACCGUCUGUCUAGACCUUUUUUUCCUUUUCAUUUCUUUUUUUUUUUCCUUUUUUUUUUUUUUUUUCUUUUUUACAUGACAUUUUUUGUAAUAACAUAUGACGACGAUAUGACGGCAAAAGGAGAAGAAAAAAAAGGGAACAAAGCCGCAUGGGGUCAACGGAAAAGGCGAGAGAUCCGUUUAUGAUUUAAGAAACACAUCCUUGAAAUUUGCUCGUGCAAAUGUAUUAUUGUCAAGUCGCAAAAAAAAAAAAAAAAACCUAGAAAAAAAUGAAAUAAAAAAAGAAAAUAUUUUAAUGAGUCCAGGUACGAAAAUAGCUACGAGAAAGAAAGAGAAUCUAUGAUUCUUCAUAGAUAACGUUCAAUGAAAUGAAUCGUUAGAAACGUACGAAUUGAUUAAUCCUUACCACCUAUUAUAUCAGAGAUCAAAUGAGAUUAAAGAUUCAUUGUGAUCCUUGUUACAUCUUUUCUCUCUCUCUCUGUCUCUCUCUCUCUCUCUUUCUCUCUCUCUCUCUCUAUCUUUCUCUCAUCAUUAAAGUGUACCAUUUGGAAACGUUAUAAAACACAUUCGUUCAUGCACGAAAUAAUGCAGAUGAACUUAUUCGAUCGUUGGACAUCUUGCGAUCUUAAUUAGUUCGGACUUUAUUCAUUAGGAUCACGUUUUAAAAUGAUCCUAACGCUUGUAAUUAUAAAGAAGAAAAAAAGAAGAAAUUAUACGAUAAGGAUCAUCUACGGAUCGUCGAACACAAUGCGAGUCUUUGAACGUGUCUCUCGGCUCGAUUUUCUAAGUCAUCGAUCCGAGUCAUAUACAACGGAGUCGUCUGAUCUGGAUCACGUUGGAAAGGUCGAUCGUUCGAUGAUUAAACUCCAAAACCGGUACGUGAAAUUCGAACAGGUAGUCCGAACUAACUUUUCAAGUUCACGAACACGUACGAGUCGGAAGAAACGUUUCGAUUCUAGAGGCAAGAAAAAAGAAAGAGAGAGAGAGAGAGAAAGAAAAAGAAAGAGAGACGAAGAAUCCAAGUCUUGGGUUCAGAGACCCGCCAGUGAAAGUCCAUCGUUCGACGACGACGACGACGACGACGACAACGAUGAUGCACACCUGUGUAACCUUCUCCACGUGUCCCUCGACCUCCUACCGAAGAUUUCUCGUAUCGUUUCGUUCCAUGAACUGACACAAUUCCAUAGUCAUCUACGAAAUCCUAUUUAAGCCUUUUUUUAAUUUGCAUUUCUCGCAAAAAGAAGAUAAAAAGCCAAAAAAAAAAAAAGAAAGAAAAAAAAAGAAAAAUAAAAUGAAAGAACGAACGUACCACUUUCACUUUCCAAGGACACCGGAAGACGCAAAGGAUGAGAAGAGAGAAAGAGAGGAAAAGGAGAAAAAAAGGCCGAUGUCGACUUUCACUUUUCGAAAGUCGUGCAAAGUAGUGAAGAAAGAAGAGAAGGAGGAGGAAGAGGUGAAAGAGAAAGAGGAGGAGGAGAAGGAGGAGGAGGAGGAAGAGGAGGUAUAACACACGAGAUACACGAAGAGGAAAGUGGCUCUAUGAAUUUUUCCGGGAAGCAAAAUACAUAUGGCCUUUCGAUUUCUCGAGUGAUAUCGUGAACGCCGGAAAUGCAUCGAGGUAAUAUGGAUCAGUAGAUCGUUCCUUGUCUUUAUCUUGGUCCUAUUGUUCGAAUGAUCGCCGAGGCUAUCGCCGAAGAAGACGAGUGUGGGAAGGAGAAAUGGCGAAGUUAGAACAUGUGAAAAAGAAGGAGAGAGAGAGAGAGAGAGAGGAGACGAAUCCGUUUCCUCGGUGACCAGGCUAGACAAGGACAAGGAAAUCCAACAGCACCAGGUCGAGAAGGAGAUGUAAAAUGGACCAAGUACACUCGAAGUGGGGACCUGGAUUAAAAGCAAACGAGGCCAACCUCUCAGUAACAGAACCAUCACGGACCUUGAAGAGGCGAGGUCGUUCUUUGUUACUCUUCUUUCUAUCUGCUCCUCUUGGCUAACUACUGCUACUAGUGUGCACGUUGCCGUGGCCGCUAACGAUAACGGGUUCUCACUUUGAGACUCGACAACGAUUCGCCUUGUUCAUGUAAUUAAACAUCUCUACGUUGGAAGGCUUUAUCGUGUAAUUCGGUACACCAUAUCUACACGAUGGCGAUCACGAACGGAACAAUCUGUUUGCUUCUUUUAAUCUUCAUCCUAGAAGGUUCCUAUUGCAACACCAGAUACUUUGUUAAAAUGAGAACCAAUGCCUCCGAAUUGUUCAAAACGAAGAACGAAAAUCUUCGAAUACCUCAGGAACCAAUUGCUAUGACUCAAGGCCCGUUAUCCGAUGAAACUAGGGACGAUCAACGAAGUAACGAUGAAAGAAUGAUUCGAGAUGCCUUGACCCUGGAAUACGACAGACGAAAUACUUUUGAGACCUCCACAUUCAAUCCCGAUGUACUCAACAAGUUCCUCGAGGAUUACGCCAAUAAAAUUAAAAGUUCUACCGAAAAAGACUUUAAGCUUCCGUUGAAAUUCUCUAAACCAACGGUGGAUCCGCUCAUUCUCGAAGUUGACGAGUCUACCACUGAUUCUUUCACUACUAUACUCGACGAUGAAAAAUCCACUUUGGAUCCUAUCAAUUCUACUUUAAACGAGGACAAGCUUAGUGAGAUUUUGAAUGAUACAUUGAAAAGAAAUAAGUAUUAUGGUAUGAACUCUCACGACGAUAGAAAUGGUUGGGUUACGCUAGAUGCAAUACCAUGGUCCAAAAGUAAAAUUUCAAAGUGGCAGGCAAAUCCAAGUACUCAACGUCCUUGGCCAGAGAUAAAACCAUGGGAGAAACCUAGCAUGGCUAAACCAUGGACGUCCGAUUAUUCCUCCAGGCCGACUUAUGAAAACAACAAACCUUGGCACGAAAAGCCAAAACCUUAUUGGCAAGAAAACGGUAAUGAAAAACCAUGGCAAAAACCAUCGUCGUCCUCUCGUCCGUCUUAUUAUCCAGACAAGUACGAUCAAGUUUCGAAUCAAGCUCAAAAGUGGCCACCGGAGAAGCCAUCUUGGGACAAAUACCCUUCUAAUAUUCAUCGGCCAACCGAUAUUAUAACUGACGACAGGCCUACCAAUUUUCCAAAUACAUGGAACAACAGACCUCAAUCUUCUAGACCUCAUCCUUUUUUAGACAGAUAUCCUGAAAGCAAUCAUGCCGACGAGACUAACAACGAUUGGCACGACUUUCCACCGAGAACCGAAUCAUUGGACAGACCUAGACCAAGCGACAGACCAAAUUUUUCGCAUUAUCAAUACGGUAAUAAUCAUCCAUCUUCUCAUCCAUCUAACGGAGAUGGACAAUGGGUUCUUCUAUCAACGAACAGAGGAUAUUCCAAGUCCCGUCAGAGAUCCAUCAAAAUCGACACAUUGACUCCUGAACUGGUCAAACUAUUGAAUGGAAAUAAAACGAAAUCCAGCAACAAAGAGAACGUCGAUCCAACCAUUGCCGUUAUGACAUCAAAGCGGCAGGUCAGGUUGACGGUGUUACCGUCGAUCAACGGCACCAACACUACGACAUCGCACGGCGGUCUCUUAGAAGUCGAGAGGACUUUCAAGAGCGUCGAUCAGAGCCGAAAGGAAUACGAGAGAGACAGAGCGACAACAUUACCGACUAUAUUGAAAAAACGACCAAUCAGGAACACAUUGAACGGCGGGGGUCAAGUUUCAAGUUCAGCGGUUCUCGCGGCAGUCGGAGCAGGUAUGUUACCGGCGACUAUGGCAAUGAUGAUUCCUAUGAUGCUCGGACGAAAGAAACGGGAUCUGACGUUGAAAGAGGAUACACUACGGAAGUUUCACAGUCUUGGAAUAAAUCUGCAUAAUCUUGGAAAGAAGUACGAGGGCUCGAAGAAAAGAUAUUUCUGAUCGUAGAUCAAAUUCGUAUGCCGCACGAGAAAGGAGGUUUACACGCGUCUUAAAAUCGUGAUGCGAUCGUUACAGGUACAAUUAGGUAGUAUCUAUGGAAUAUAAUACCGAUACUAUAGUUAUAUAUACUUUAUAAGGAACAUCGUGAUUCGACGGGGCAAAUCGACGAACGGAAGUGUUGUUGCACUCGCUUGAUCAUGAAAGUUAUGUUAUGGCAAACGGUCCUGUAACGCCUAUCUUCACCGUGUCAUUCAAUGACUAUAUAGUUUCUACAUACGGGGUCACGUAUUUUACAUGAUAUAUACAUAUAUAUAUAUAUAUGUGUGUGUGUGUUGAACGGUCUGGCGUAAGAGGACUUUGCGUUUACGAUCAAAAAAUAUAAACAGUCAUUGAUAUCGAUGGAUUAUGCGUUAGCUAGAACGUAUAGACAAAAUGCGUACAUAUAUUGUGGAUGGUGUAGGAUCGAUCGCGGUUAAAGCACACCUGUUGCAUCCUGAAUAGAUUGGAUAACGAGUAUAACAGUAUGGUAUUAUACUGAACUAGGGUUACUGUUACAGGGGACAUUCAAUAUUUACUUUCCAUUUAGUUACGAUUUACCGACUGACCGAUAGCCCUUUAGUAUAUUUUUCUUCGAUGAAUGUCGACCUAUAGAAUCCGACCGAAGAUUACGUAGCUAAGAGAUAAUGAAACAUUAAUUCGUUUGAUUAUUGUUUCGGAUAAUUUAUUGCUAUUUAUUAUCGUAUUUAUUUCGAUAUGUUUAUUCAUUAAUGUUAUAGGAAUAUCGAAUGAAUGUCUCUCUCAUUGAUAUAUAUAUAUAUAUAUAUUUUUUUUUUCAUUUUUCUUUCAACAUUUUAUUUUUAUUUACACGGCACAGAAUACUGCGUAGCAAUAUUUAUUUUAACUUAUUUAUUUAUUUAUUUAUUUAUAAAUACGUAAUAAACACUCUACUAGAUUUUUAUAUAUCCUCGUACCGAGAGGGAAAAGACACACGUACAUGGAAAUGUAACAUAAAGUGAAUUUUCAAUAAAACAACGUGUGCGUGCGCGUGUGUUUGUUUGCGUGUGUGUAAACAUGGGGUGACAGUCUUAUAAAAAAAAAAAAUACCCACUACCAUUUUCAAACGUGUUUUCUCGGUAACUCCUCUCUUUUUUUCUUUUUUCUUUUUCUCUUUGAAACAAUAAAAUUCCGAU